AUGGACAGUUACUUUAAAGCUGCACUCUGUGACUUGGACAAACUACUUGAUGAAUUUGAACAGAAUACAGAUGAAUAUGACUGCUACAGAACACCUCAAAAUCCAUAUGACUCAAAACACCAUUCACUUUCUUCAGUUCUGGAUUGCUUACAACAUGUAUACCCAACACCAAAACUGCAAGAGGAUGCUAACAAUCAUACUUCAUCAGAAGAAAUCUCUCUAGCUACCCACACUGGAACAAGUGAAGUGCUUCAGAGUUAUUCACCACAAAAUGAGAAGAACGUUGCUGGACCUGAUCUUUUGUCCACUGUGGACAGUGGUUCCUUAAAUGAAAUUCAGGUUUCAAACCUGGGAAGGUGUAGUAUACCUGUGUGUGAUCUUGUUAAUGACACAGGUAACAUAAUCCACUCGGUGACUACUCAUGAAAAUACUCAAAAUUUGCAACCAGAUGACUUCCAGUACAGUGAAGGUUUGAUUGGCUUUGGUGUAUCUUGCAUACCUGUUGCCGCUUAUGUGUCAUCAGCAGGUUGCAGUGGUACAGAGCAGACUGAUGGGGACUCAAUGCUACAAGAUUCAGGACACCUUAAAACAGAGGAGGUUAAUCAUCUAGCUUUAAAAUCACACAGUAAUGCUACAGCAAAGAUCUUGGAUCCACGUGAUUAUCAACGCAGAACGGAAUCUUUGAAGUGCAGUGAAGUACUUGAUCAGCUUGAACAAAGUGCUUGCCUUAAUACUGCCUCUGUCCCUGUAACAUCACAGAAUUUGAAUGUGUACAGUCCCAAAGAUGAGAAAGCAUAUGAAAAAUUGCCUUGUGAACCACAAGAUGAAAGUGGAUGCUCUGCAGUAAACAAAGAGAUUUAUAGAACGAAUGACACAGAAAAGGCAGAUUCAAAAGAUGAGAGUAAUGUUGAAUCCAUGCCUUCAGAUCUGCCAAAGAGGCCUCAAUUUCACAAAAGCCAUGAAACAUUACCUGGAAAUUGUGUUUUAGCAGACUCCUCAUAUCAAUCAACUAAAGUAGAAUUGGAAAAAAAAAUCACAGAGUACAAUGUGGGUAGUGAAGUAAUUAAGAGCAGUGAAAUACUCAACAGUGUUUCAACUUCGUGUAUUUCAGUUGAGGAUGUCCAGACCUCGCUGUCAUGUCUUCCGCUUCCUCUAUCUAUCAGUGGUUCAGUAGUUCUAACAGAAGAAAAAGUUAAUCCUCUACCUCGAAAUGAAAUGACAGAGGUUAAUAGUGAUAUUUUAACUGUUCAUGAUGGAAAGUCUAAAACUGAUCACUCUGGUAGUGAAUCCUGUGAAAAUAUUGACUUGCAUGAACAGGAAGGAUAUAUAGCUAAAAUUAAUGAAAGUAUUGUGGAAAAAAGUACAGAUGGAGAGGAGUAUGAUACUGAGAAUGUAAUUGAUGACAGCGAUUCUCAGCAAAUCAAAACUUUUCCUUCUGCUUUUCUGGAAUAUGAAGCUGAGCCAUAUGGUGUUGGUAUAGACCCUUACUACAAUGAAAAUAUGAGCCCUGUUAUGGCUGACUUUACUGUUGAGGAGAAUAUUAUUAAAAGUGAUACUCUGAUAAGUGAUGCUGAGCUUGAUGAUUUCUUGUAUGGACAAAGUCUUCAGUCCAAUGUGUUGAGCUCUUCAGACAAUGAUAGUAACGUAAUGGAAGCUGAUGCAGUUGCAGGGAAUUCAACAAAUGUGAAUGACCUGGAUCCCACAGAGGUCACUGAAGAACAUACGCAAGCAAAACUGGAGGAGAUAACUAGCAUUAAUAGUAGUCUUAAAGUAUCUCUUACUGCCGGUGAGUCAGUAUCUGUAACAAAAGAGAAUGCAUCUCGUAUUCAGGAUCUGACUGAGACUGGUAAUGAAGCGCUAGUUUCUAAUGUUUGUACUGAAGGUGCGAGACCAAAGCAGUUGCUUGGCCUUUCCCAAGGAGCUGUUGGUCAGAGACAACUGAAUAAAACUGAUGUACUUGAGAGACAAAACCAAGAAGCCAGUUCAGUUGCCCCAGAAGCUCUACUUUCAGGCACCAGCAUAAAUGUUUGUAAAAAUUCUGAACCUGUACACUCUGGGGAAAGCAGCUCUGAAGCUGGAGGAAAUCAAACACCUGAAAACAUAGAAUCACUUAAAAUACCUGCAGCUUUCUCAUGGAAACAACCGUUGUGGGUUCCUGAUUCAGAGGCACCCAACUGCAUGAAAUGCCAAGUCAAGUUCACGUUUACAAAAAGACGACAUCACUGUCGUGCAUGCGGAAAGGUUUUUUGUGGUGGCUGUUGCAAACGAAAGUGCAAACUACAGUACAUGGAGAAGGAAGCAAGAGUCUGUACUGGCUGUUAUGAUGAUAUUAAUAAAGCACAGGCAUUUGAAAGGAUGAUGAGUCCAACUGGUCCUGUCCCCAAUUCCAGUAACUGCUCUGAGUUUUCUGCUGCUCCAUCUUUGGAGGAAGUCCAGAUAUCUGGUAGUGCUAGCUCUCCUUCACCUUCUGCAUUGUUGCCUGUCUCAGUACUUAAACAACCUGGUAUUGAAGGGCUGUGCCCCAAAGAGCAGAGGCGAGUUUGGUUUGCAGAUGGUAUUUUGCCCAAUGGCGAAGUGGCAGAUACAACAAAACUUUCAUCUGGAGCAAAGAGGUCAUCGCAGGACUUCAGUUCAGUAAACCCUGACUUGCCAGAGAUGCAUAUG